UUUAUUAUUAUUUUAAAAAUAAGUCAUUAAAUUUAAAGUAAGGGCGCUUUCCCCUUUAAAUUCCCGCAGCGCUCAGUGGAGCGGAGGACGGCCAGCCUCAGCAGCCCCGAGCAGCGAUGGACUGACAAACCAAACCUUUAGAAGCGAUGAUCAGACUGGUUUACCAUGGAAAUGGACAUGAUGCCAAAAUUCUCCUCCAAGGACGAGGAAAUUGAAUUCUGGAAGGCUCUUUCCCUCAAGUACAAGAAAGGCUGUGAGGAGGCUCAGGAGGAACUGCUGGAGUUCCAGGAGGGGAGCAGGGAGCUGGAGGCCGAGCUGGAGGCUCAGCUGGGUCAGGCCGAACACCGCAUCAAAGACUUGCAGUCGGAGAACCAAAGACUAAAGAAUGAGGUGGAAACCCUGAAGGAAAGGUUGGAGCAGCAAUACUCUCAGAGCUACAAGCAGAUCUCAGGGCUGGAGGAUGACCUUGGCCAAACUCGUAGCAUCAAGGAGCAGCUCCACAAAUAUGUCAGAGAGCUCGAGCAGUCGAACGAUGACCUGGAGAGAGCCAAGAGAGCCACUAUUGUUUCCUUGGAGAACUUUGAGCAGCGACUGAACCAGGCCAUCGAGAGAAAUGCUUUCCUGGAGAGCGAGCUGGAUGAGAAGGAGUCCCUGCUGGUCUCAGUUCAAAGAUUAAAGGAGGAAGCUAGAGAUUUGCGGCAGGAGCUGGCAGUGCGAGAAAGGCAGAAAGACAUUGGCCGGAUGUCGGCUCCGAGUUCCCCAACGCAGGACAACGUCAAGAUGGACUGUGCUGUGCAAGCGUCGCUCUCCCUCCCUGCUACCCCUCUGAGCAAAAGUCUGGACAACGCCUUCUCCAAUCAAACAGUUAUGUCCAAUGGCUACGGCAGCAACUCCCCGCUGACCCCCUCUGCCAGGAUAUCAGCGCUCAACAUUGUCAGUGACUUACUCCGGAAAGUCGGGGCUCUGGAAUCAAAGCUCGCUGCCUGCAGGAACUUUGCUAAGGAUCAGAAAGCCAGGAAGGCGUACUCUCUGGACAACAGCAACGCCCUGAAUGCAAACACAACCAGCUACACCCAAGCACUCAGUACGUCGUAUUAUGACAAAGCAACGGAGAGAGUCAUAUUCCCAGCAUUAGUUCUGGUGGGAAAGUGAACAGACUAGAACCGGGGAGCCUGACGGCCCUCACCUCUGCUCCUGCUGCCUCCUCGCCCGGCUUGGUGCGCCUGGCUGUGUGAGACCCCGUCGGCCAAACGCCGCCCAGCUGCAGCACACAGGAGCACAUUGAACACUUUGUUGCACCGUCUCCUGUUGCACCCUCUUUGUUGCGUUGUGCUCUGUUGUUUUGACCCUUGUGCUUCAUAACCGCUGUAAAGAUGGCUCCAUACGUGAGAAAUGGGUGUUUGUCUAUCCGUCUGGUCCUGACAGAGGCCACAAUGGCCUUACUACUUAGCUGACAUGAGUUUGCCGAGUGUAUCAUGUUAAAAAAAGGUUCAAUAUUAUGCAAAUGUUACUCUUUUGAUGACACGAACAGGAAAAUUCUCACUUAUAAGUAACAUUUCUCACAAUUUUACUUAGCAAUAAUAUCAGUUAAACCUUUGGGCUCAUGCAGGCCGCUUUGUUGAGCUGAUGUUUAAAUUGUCCAACAGGUGAGUUUAAAGCAACAUUUUUCUCGUGUUGGAAACUGUUAAAGCUCGUCUCUUUCAUUUACACAUCUAUCCAGUGAGUCUUUGUAGCGAGUCACAUAACGUCCCUUUCUGUGACAUGAAGUGUUGGUCAUAUUGAUCCACAGUAGCUGUUGGGCAAUGAAGUGGAAGUUUUUUCAGACAUGUUGCAGGGAUAGUUCGGAUCGUCUCCCAGUGUUGUUAUAGAGACACUAUGAGCAGUCAGUAUCUUACCCUUCUGGGGAUUAAGUAAAGGCGGAAACAAGGCCAAAGGUGUUUUUUUUAAAUAUAGCUCUGAUCUUAAAAAAAAGAAAAGAAACUUGAUUGCAGAUCUUAUUUUGAAACUGGUUAUUUAACCUACAGACUGAAGUUUGUAGUCUAUUGCAAUAUUUUCAAAGAAAAACUAAACUGUUCAAGUCUAAUUGGUACAUCUAAAAAUCCGAACUAUCCCUUUAUGCAUUGUUCGUACGUUUAAGUAUCUCAACUUUUUUAAUUCACUAAACAAUUUGCCAAUCUUUAAUAGAUGUGAAUUAUAAGACAUUUUGUUUUUUCAAUGUCAGUUUAGUGCAAUAUUUUUUUCUUUUCACCAUGUGUGGGUAUAUUUAUAAAUUCCUGAUUAUUGGUUGCAUCUACCAAUAAGGAAAAUGUAUUUAUUAUCACGUCACUUCUUUCUGGGGUUAGGGAAGGACUAACAUAUAUUAAUCACUUCCUGAUAAUUCAUGUUUUGGACAAACCAAUAGAAACCUUAAACCAGAGGCUUAAAUCCGAUUAAUUAGACUUUACCUUCAGGA